CCAUUUAUUAAAAGGAUAUUUUAGUUUUUAUUUAUUUUUAACAUGAAAUGUUCUUCUUUUUUAACAAUGUUUAGUUAAGUAUGUCAAAAAUAGCGCGAAACUACCUGACACCUUGGAAAUAUUGCUAUUUAUCAAUUUGAUUGGCAAAGGAAAUACUGUUCAUGAAACUUGAUACAUAUUAAUCGAUAAAAGAUUAUGCUUGCAAAUAAAAAGAACAUUAAUAUGAAAUUCAAUUUCAGUUGUAGAUAAUGUUGAGAAAUCAAUAGGUUUCAUGAAACUUAUUGUUACGAAUUUGUUGUAAAAAUUGCCUUGGAUGAAGUUAGCAGCAGCUAUGGUGUCAGAAAAUCUUUCUCAAUAUUAGUGAUCGCUGGUUAGUAAUUUUGUUGGAAACAGGAUAACGAAUAUUAUUUAAUAUUCUUUAGGAUCAAAUGUAUUUUAUUAGUGGUUUUUUAAAUAUUUAGAAUCUGUAUGUUGUUAAUGAAAAAAAAAAGUGAUGAGUUCUUGCAAAAUAUCCAUUGAAUUCUUGGAAAACAUUUUCCCUAAAUCUUGGUUUACUUGGUGAAAAAAAAACCGGCUUUAUCAAUUUGUUCGAAAGAUUGGGCUGAAAAGGCUAUGUUUCCGUGCUAUGUUUCAUAAAGAAAGUAAAAAAAGCGAAUGUGACAUUAACCAAAACAAUAACAAAAGAUUAAAAUUUCACAAUUUAAUUGAUUAAAAUGUCCAUAUUAGUUGAAAAUAAUUUGAUUAAGAAUGAAAAUGAAGAUAUUUUUGAACAGAAAUCUCAUUAUAUACCUUGUAAGAUUGAACAGGAUGGUUCUGCUAACGUAAAGAAAUAUUUUGACCCUUACAUCGUAGAAAACAAUUCACAAGAACUAUCGGCAACGUUUCGGGGGCAUCCUCUUGACGGUACACAGAUCACAUUUCCGGAGGGCUACCGAGCUGUUUUAGUAACUGAGACGAAGAGACCUUUAACUGAAGAUGCUGAAAGAAAAUUCCAGGUGACAGGGGGCUUCAAGAACUUCACGUAUUGGAAUUGGGAUAAGAAACCAUCGAAGAACGAUGAUUUAUGUAAAGCCAUGGACUGGAUCGAGAUUGCGGAAGCGGUCAGAUAUGUUUUUUUAAUCCUAGCUAUUCGCCGGUAGCCUAAGGGGUUAUUCCAGUUCCAGUCUAACUGUUUUUUUUUUUAAAUUAACACAAAUACUUUGUAUUACAAACUUAUUGAGACGAAGUGGUCUUAAUAGGCAUGAUGACAGUAGUCAAGUAUCGCUAAAAUAUUAAACUGAUCAAAUGAAAAAUGUAUUUAUUUUCAUAUUCAUGACGAGAUUUAUGAUUUAUUUGUUAAAAUAAAUCUGCAAAAUAUAACAAUCAGCAUAGCUUAAACACCAAUCAGAGCGAAUGACGUCACGUCUUAGUAAACGUCAUCUUGUUUCAUUUGAGCUUACGCGCGAUUACUGCAACUUUAACAAAAAAACUAUUGUUUUCGCUUUACCUGUCGCUAAAAUACAUUUUAUGAUCGUAGUUUACUAUUUCCACAACAGAAGUUCCACAAAAGCCAUCAGCAAGCUCUCUAAAUGGGUUAUUUAAUCUAAUUUUGUUUAGACCCAUGAGCAUAUUUUGUUAGCUGGAAUAUUAGUAUGUUUUUUCUAUUAAAUCAAUUAAGUAAUAACCGUUUUUGGGAACUCCAAUGUAAGAUCGCGGGCUCUUUGUAAUUUUAAGCAAGGUACAUUCCAGAAUUUUAGAUGCCUCCUGUUUUUUAUUGUCUUGUAUCAUCUCACUGCAGUCUAUUAUAGAUUUAAUUUUAAGAUAUUGUUGAUGAUGAUGAUUCUCUGUGCAUUACAGAUGGUAUAAAAGAAGUAUUACUAUCAGAUUGAUCUUCAGGGUGAUAUAUUUGCCUUGUAGUUUUAUGUAAUGUGGAUGUCCAUGGGAAUGUGAAAUUAUUUUAAUGGUUAUUGUCUGAAUUGAUAAAUUAUGGUAAAUAGUGCAUGAAAUUAAUCUUUUCUGUUAUCUAUAAUAAUUUUAGCAGUUGGUUUUUUUCUAACUAUCUGGCAUUCAAGUUUGUGAGAAUACAGCCUGGUUUCAUGCGAACCUGCGACACCAAUUCCAUUGUCCAUAAUAAUGAAUGAUGAAAUAAUUAUUGAACUUAUGAAAUUUUAGACCUCAAUUAAGGUCACACAUCAUUGUAAAAUUUACGAAAUAUGUACAAACUUACAUCAAAAUGAUCUUCACUUGAUCAUUGAAAUAUUUAGACUUAAACCUAUUGGUUGUCGCCGUGCAAGAGUCCAACCAUUUAUUUCUCAUUGUUUUGUUAUUUGGGACGUAAACAAAUUAACUUAUUCGGAGUUUUUAUAGAUGUACUAUUGCACUGAGGGAUCACACACCACUCAUACACUUUUGAAUUCAUAUUCAUUAUGCAAAAUAACAUGAUUUAUUAUACAAGCAUCUAAUGUUUACUAAUGACGUACUGAAGUUUACUGAGUAGUGACGUAAUGACCGACGCCAUGACACAGCGUUUUUGCGCGAAAUAGAAACUUAAAAUUAAAAUUUCAUUUUAUUGCAUGAAAACCUUUAUUUUCUACGGAAAUAUGAUAUAUUUUUGAUUUAAUAGAUACUUCUGAAUAUCAUAGAAUAGAUUUUGAAAAUUAGUCAUCAUGCCUAUUGAAAAUAGAUAAAGAAUCACUGUCAGGCGAGGUUUUUUAUCAGUGGACUCUGAAUUAUUGGCGUUCAGGUGCUGGAGCACUAAAUCACCCAUUCCAUAAAGCCUUUCACGCGGCCAAUGAAACUAAAAAAUGAAGUCCUGUCUAAAAUCUGCACGGACAAGCUACCAUAGACAUCAGCAUCACUUUUUUGCCCUGGUGAUGGAUGAGUUAUGGGAUUGGGUUUGAAGGGCUCGAUGUACGCUAGACCUAACAUUGAGACCGACCUCACGUUUCAAGAAGUAUUUCGGAUUGCGUCACUCGACUCGCAGCUGACUUGCUUAUUGUCAAGUAUAGCAGCCUCCUGCGGACAGAUAUAUAAUAAUGAAAUUAUUUCACCUUCCAGAUACAUGGCGAUUGACGAGUGUUCUUUUAUUGCUUUUUUUUCUAUUAAACUGACAUUUGUUGAAUGAAAAA